AUGGUUGAUGGCGCCCUGGCCCGUGCCCUGGGACAGACCUCCCGCCUCGGCGCUGUGCUCGACGUCGUCGCCGACAACCUCGCCCGGAGCCAUCUGUACAUGGUGGUGAGCGGACUCUACACUCACGAGGAUCUGGCGCACGGCGAUGGCGGCGCGUGGCGGUGGGGCGCACUCCUCGGCGGCAUUGUCAUUGUCGAGUGGGCCACCUUUGCCGCUUCGCAUGCCUCAGCCAUGGCAAGCAACAUCCACUGGAAGGCUGCGCGAGAGGCUGGCGAGGCGCCGCUGCUCCUCCGCCUCAUCUUUGCCAACGGCUUCAAGAACCCGCUUGGUGUGGUAGUCAUUGGCGGCGUCUCACUCCUCCCGUGCUGGAUGUACAUCCAUUACCACUUUAUCCAUGCCAUCCAGCCGCUUGCCGAGCUCUCGGCCCUGUUCUACGCGGUCGGUGCAGUCCUGCUUGUUGGCCGAGUGCUGGGCCUUGCCGCCGAGUCAUACGUCAUCUCGCAGCAUGUGGCCCUGCUGCUGGACAUGGAUGUGAUUGGGACUCAGAGCCAGGCCGUGAUCGACGAAGUCUCCACCCUCCAUAGCAAGAGUGCUUGAAGUGCUCAGCUGUCGGUCUCAGACAAUGGACUCCGCUCCUCGACAGCGUAUCUGACCAGCAGUGGGCUCACCUCGGCCGGGACAAACGGGAGGUCCGCCGAAUCAGACGACUCGCCGACGAGCUCAGGCGCACCAAGUCGGGUCAGGUACGCGGCGUACGUUGCGCGCGAGAUUCGAAACUCGGUUCGGAGGUAGUGGAGCAGCCUGCGGAUUGCACGGGUCCGCCAGCCGCGUUCGACGGCCUCGCUCACAGCGCCGAUGAGGAUCUCGACGUCGGCGGCCGCGCCCGACGCCAGCACAUCCCGGACCCACUUGAUAAGCGCGGCAUGCGACGGCGAGAACACUCCGCCGUCGGCAGUCACAAACUCCACAAGGCGCUGGUAGAACUUGCGUCGCGCAGGCGCAGAGCUGAGAUCAUCCAGCAUUCUCUCUUCCGCCGCCUCCCACGGCGACAGCGAUGGCACGAGCUUGGUGGCCAGUGGAAUGGCACACGCCUGUGCUCGAAUCUCUGCCUCGGCGUCCUCGGCCC